AUGAAUACUAGAUAUACGAGUUCAUGGUACACUGGCACCAAUUUAUUUGAGUACACGUCGGGGCGAUUCCUAUUCAACGAGGAAUUUCGUCGUGCCGAACGGCGCAUACAAUUUGAUGUCAAUGCUCUUGCAGCUGUUAUAUGCCGGGCUACUGACCGGCAUAUUUCCGAGCUUGCUUCAAUCCAGAAGCUUGCAGAAGGGGGCUUCAACCGUGUGCUCCAGGCCACGUUCAAUGACGGUUACGAAGUCCUUGCUAGGCUUCCCUACCAUCACACCGUUCCAAAACACCAUGUUAUUGCCAGUGAAGCAGCCACACUAGGCUUCUUGCACUCGUGUGGUAUCCCGGUACCUAAAGUCAUUGGUUAUUCGCCGGUCAAUACCAAUACCGUCGGCACAGAAUAUCUCCUUUACGAGAAAGUUGAUGGUACUCCCCUCAGUAACCAGUGGUUUACCAUGGAUAACAAGACACGAACAAAGAUAAUGAGACAAAUUGUUCGUCUGGAGAAACAAUUCAUGAGCAUCUCGUUUCCUGCGAGUGGGAGUAUCUACUAUCGCAGAGAUCUUGAGCCGUCGGAUAUCUGCGUUUCGUUGCCUGAACCACAAUCCACUUUGAAGGCUGAAAUGGUCAUCGGUCCAACCACGCAAUCGCAAUGGUGGAAUCAGGAACGAGCUUCAUUGGACGUGGACCGGGGCCCAUGGAAGACGUUCCUGGGCUGCUUUGAAGCACCUGCAAAACGGGAGAUAGCAUUUUGCCAACGGUUUGGGAGACCCCGUCUCCAUGUUGAGCGAUACCUGCGUGAAAUGCACGACUUUAAGAAGCAAUAUCCAACUGUCCACGCCCAAUUACUCUCCGAAUAUAUGCAGUUGGCGCCUUAUCUACAAAUCCCCUCAGGCCAUCGUUUUUCUCGACCGGUUCUGCGCCAUCCGGAUCUUUCGCCAAGUAAUAUUUUGGUAAAUUCCUCAUGUGAGAUAGUGGGAAUCAUUGACUGGCAGUAUGCAGUGGCUUUGCCGCUCUGUUUGUGCGCUGGCAUCCCAAAUCAUUUCCAAAACUGGGGCGAUCCAUUGUCGGAAACAUUGGCGAAGCCAGAAGUCAACUUGCCCGAAGACUUUGACGACCUUGGUCAAGAUGAACAAGAGGCGGUAAAGGAGACUAUGCGAAGACGCCUCGUCCAUUUCUACUAUGCUGCAUUAACUUUGAAGCACAUGCCAGAUCAUUUUGACGCGCUCAGGGAAGAGAAUUCCAUGCUUCGAGCCCAGCUCUAUGACCGUGCCCGGAAGCCGUGGGAAGGUGACUCACUGUCUCUCAAAUACGCAAUAGUUCAAGCUUGUCAGAAUUGGCCGAUGAGACUUGAACAUGCACCGUCCACAUCGGAGUCUGUGGAUGACUGCCCAGUGAAGUAUUCAGAGGAAGAUAUAAGAGAAUGCACCAACCAACAUGAUGAGGAACAGGAAAGACUGGAAGAGCUUUCCGAGAUGAGGGAAUAUAUUGGCAUUGAUUCCCUCGGCUGGGUCCCUGAUGAUGAGCAAUAUGAUAGAUCGAGGGCUAUUGUUCAAACGGUCAAGGCCGGUUUGCUGGAGUACUCUAAUACUGAAAUGGAGCGACGCGCCGUGCAAGAGCAUUUUCCGUUUGAUGAUCAUGAUGAUGUCUAGAAGCAGGCUUUGAUGUAUGCAGUCUUUUUGAAGUCUAGUUCUCCAAAGUCAAGGUUGCUUUUGAGGUAAAUAUGUAAGUUCCUGGUUCGGCAGUAUACCCCUGGUGCUCGAGCUGCAUCAGAGAGGGGCUGGAGGGAGGGGGA